AAAUUUUGUUGAAAUAUGUUUUCUCAUGCAUAUCUGUUCUAUUGUAUUCUGUUCUAUUUCCACUCUCAGUGGUUUUUGUAUCGCGCUAUAAUCUUAAAUGUGUCAGCCUAAUGUUUUCCUAUAGUGUCCUAAAUGUUGAUUCACGAAUAACUAAAAGCAUAAUAAUUAUACACGAGAAUCUCUGUGCACACUCGCAUGACAUCACUUCAAAUCGAUUCAUUCAAUCCUUCCCUGUGAAUCACAUUGCUUUGGUGAUUUUCAAAACACGAUCAUAUCUCACCACUAGGCCAUUACGAUCAUUGAUUAUUGCCCACCUCACCUUCCUCACCUCCCCCCAAGGAACCAUCGCAUAGUUAGAACCCCAACGAUUCGAAGUUGACGCACGGUGUCUUACGUUUCGCGCGUUCGCCGUUCUCCCCGAGAAGUAUCGAAGGCAGGUUCCCCGAGACGUGCCCGCAAUAUAUGAGUGCACCAAAUCGAGGACCAAUCUCUAAUGCUGUUGGGGAAUGCGUAAAUUUGUCGAAGCGCGAGUCGAUGUCAAGUGGAAGAAGAACACUGUGUCUUGACCACAGCGAAGAUCACACCACAGAGUGAAUGAAUGUGCGAAAAUAGUGUCAAUGUUCAAUAAUUUAUGCUGCCGAUGGUGAAUGACUAAUUAGCCUGAAGUUUGUUUGGAAGUGGCGGGUGGCAAGCAGAAAUUUAGAGUACAGCUGUGAGCAAAGGCGCGAAGCUAUAAAUCAUCCACAUUGGCCGCUCCGCUUCCAGUAAUAGAGCGGCGAGUAAUAGGUUUAUUUAGAGGAAUUAAUUACGUGCUCCGGGUGGUGAAACUCAGCUGUUCGGAAGUAGUUGUAGCUUACUUCCGAGGCAGAAGAACAGGAAGUCCGAAAAAAUGCUCGUGAGCUGCGAUUGAAUAAUGGGAAUAAAUCAUCGUUAAAUUUUAAUAGCAUUAAUCUAGUCUUAAAGCGCAAAAUUAAUGUUGAAGUUUGCGCUCGCGAUAGCGAAAUACGGAAGUGUUCACAUUAUCGUGAGAAGAUGAACGAUGUAAAUGUAACACGAGAUUCAUAAAAUUAAUCUGAUAACCAGAAGGGCUGGAAUCGGGCACGCCAUGGCACAACUUUUUUUUUGAACCCUCUCAACUUAUCAGAUCUAUUACAUAAGAGUAUUAAUCAUCCGGCUGAACCUGGAAAAGAGGUCAACGUUUACACAAACGCGGUGCCGUGUAAUUUGCUCGCCAAGAAAACUGUCAUCGUUUUAACGAUGUCUGGCCUAAUAAAACCGCAACCCCACAGUAAUACUAGCGGUGCAAGAAGUAAUGGCGGCAAUGAUUUUCCCAUUCCGAGGCCAGCAGAGCGACAAUAAAUAAUGCUAUAAAACAUCCGAACGCCUGAGGCGUUAGUGACGAUGAACCGAGUUUAGAAGCCCUUGCGAUACAAUGUCCCUGCUGAGAUACAGUAAAACAUGGCCCUCGAUUCUAACCAAGAUGGCCGUUGUGCAAAUGCGUGUUGAUUCCCGAGGUCGAACCUACAGCUCGAUUGUAGAACCGGCCUGUAUUACCGGUCCAACGAACCUGGCCGAAUCGAAUCCCAACUUUCGGAUGGGGCAUCCUCAGAUACUGAUCCAAACUCCCAGUGAUACACAGAUGCCGCCCCUCCCGGAUGUGGCCAACGUGGGGGAGUUGAAAAUUGUCAACAGUUGUGCGAAUCAUUGUCAGUGUGGAAGUGAUAGUGGAAGUGGAAGUGUCAAAUUGGAUGAAGAAUACCGCUUUCGGCGGCACUAUAGAUCGGAAUCUAUCAAAAUCGAUAAUUGGGAUUAUAUCUACACCGAGAAGAUACCCUUGAAGGCGAUAGGAAGCAGCGUUGGAGACGGUCCAGCGGAAAUUCCUUGCGGUAACCGGUGUAUUUCCGGGCAGGCUGCGCUCAAAGCUUCGACCCUUCGAAAACAUUACUAUCCCGAGGGAGAAUGGGGUUGGGUGAUUGUCUUUGUCGGCAUGUUGAGCAUAAUCCUGAACCACGGUGUGCAGCUUUCUGGACCGCUGUACCUUUUGCCUGCUGGAGAACGAUUCAAGCAGAGCGCCGUGAACAGUACAGGUUGGCUCGGAGCUCUUUCAACAGCUGUAGCGCUAUUUAUCUCACCUAUCACGAUCGCGGUGUGUAAGCGGAAAUCCACAAGACUGACGGCGGUUAUUGGCGGACUGGUUACAGCGCUGGGCUGUUUGUUCACAUCCUUCGCGUCACAAUUCCAUCAACUCUUCUUCAGCUAUGGUGCUGUUGUCGGCGUUGGCGUGGGAAUGACCCGGGACUGUUCAACGCUCAUGGUAGCGCAAUACUUCAAAAAACGCCGCGAAUUCGUGGAGAUCUUCAUAGUAUCGGGAAGUGGGCUGGGGAUAGCGAUAAUGUCCACGUUCAUCAAAUCUGCUAUUGAUGCUAUCGGGUGGCGACUGGGACUGCAAGCGGUUACGGGCACCGUGUUCAUAACGUUCAUUCUUGGCACCUGUUAUCGGAGUGCUUCCCUCUAUCAUCCACAGAGGAGAGCAAUUUUGCAUCUGAAGAAUCAGAAGCGGAAAAUUAAGGACAAGAAUAAGCAUGACGAUCGACCACCGUUCUUCGACUUCAGCACGUUGCGUAGUAAAACUGUGAGGAUACUGCUUGUAUCUACGGGAAUCAGCGCUUUUGGCAUUAACACUCCUAUAUUCUACCUCGCGCACCAAGUCGAAGUGGAUGGAAUCGGAGAUAAAGUCAUGAUCUUGCAGACUUAUUUGGGCCUAGCAUGGACGCUAGGCUGUGCCGCAUUCGGGAUGCUAGUCGUUAGGAAUAGUGUUGAGUGUCGCAUUGCGCGUCAGUAUCUGUGCCAAACUGCUACCUUCAUGUGCGGACUGUGCAUACUGGCAUUGACCGCCGUUCAUGGUAACUACCAUGGGUACGUGAUGUUCGUGUGGAUCUACGGAAUCUUCUGCGGAGGGUAUCAUUACUCGUUGAAGAUGUACACGUACGAAAAGGUUCGGGCGAGAAAUUUCGCUCGAGCGUGGGGAUUCGUACAAUUCUCUCAGGCCAUUCCAAUUGCCUUGGGAGUGCCCAUAUCGGGCUAUAUGAACGUACGAGGUUCCGGAAAGGCUGGCUAUUAUUUUAGUUCGGCGUGUGCGCUGAUCGGAAGUCUGACCAUGUUCCUGAUCGAUCUACACCGACGAAAUGUUUCAAGGCACAAACACACGAGAGCCAAUGGAACUCGCCAGUUGUGUGUCUCGGAAACAUGUCCGCAGCGUAGAAAGCUGUCCUUCUCACAGGAGCCAGAUAACGAGCCAGGCAUAAUCACAGGCAACACUGCCAUGAUGAUAGGACCGGAAUUACUCAUACCUCAAUUAAGCGAUGGAAUCGCGGAACCAGUGAACGGACUGGAUAAACCAGAGCUGACGUGCAUUUCCGAAGAGGGUAUCGCUGACAUGGAUCUUCCCGAUAAUCUCCUAGAUGAUUUGGACUACGUUGGAGACUGUAUUACAUCUUGCAAUAAAGUUGAAAAUUACUUGAUGCUGAGCGAGUUCGAGAACAACCUAAGUGCAGAGGUUCCCAUCUUGCUGGACAAACGUGGCCGAAGGCUAUCACUCUCGAAAACGAAGGCAUUUCUCUCGAAUCAGUUGAACUUUCAGCACCACCCAGAGUGCGCUUUGGAGCAACAGAAGAAAACUGGCUCUCAACCUAUUUCUUCCAACGUCGAACACGAUACAUCUUCGGUUGAUAAGGUGCACCAUAGCAACUAUAUCAAUCAUCAAACUCAUCACAUUGUGCAUCAGCAAAACCACCAGAACGAUGGAGGAGGCGGUGGUAUUGGUAGUGGGAAAACUAGCUCCAAGAAUGAAAAUCACAAUAACGGCGGUAAACACUGUCGGGUGAAUCACAAAUGGCGACCGAAUCAACAGACCGGACCAUUUCUCACCACCCGCGUGAUAUCUGUGAUCGACGAGGCUUCAGUGUAGGAUGCAAAUAAAAUGAUGUCCAAUUCGAGUUUCAAUACAAAACUGCCAGACACAAUGUUGAUGACUAUUAUUUAACAAAUUAAUAAGAAAUAUUUUUUUCUGGGACUGAAUAGGUUUAAAUUGUACCUGAUGUGAUUGAAUUUAGGGAAUGGCGAUUUCUAACAAGUGUGAAAUAAACUAAAACGUAAGGAAAAUACGCUUAAAUGAUUAUAGAAACAAGUGGAAAAUGAAAUGUAAUUACAAACAUCACGAAUAGAUCUAACAUUUACAGAAAAACAGUUCCGAGCUAUUCUUCUUGUUUCAAGAAUCAGUAAUUUCGUCCUCCUCGUCUAGCAACUGAAAAUAUUUAAUAAUAACAAUCACUGCCGUCUGAGAAACCAGAUAGUCGGGAAAUAUUCACAUGCAUUUACUUAUAAUCUCCGAUCGAGCGUAUUAGUUACGUACAAUUAUAUGUGUUUUAGUGUAUCAAUCGUUCGCUAAGGUCAAAGCUUAUUUAUGCAUAGAAAAUAUUGUAAAUAAAUUUAUCUAUCGUCAUAGCUGAAAAAAUGGCAGUUUGCUAUAAUAGCCGCAUGCAAAGAACUACUCUAAUAGCAUUUGUAAACUGCGACAACAUAUUGUAUAUUAUUGUACAUCUAUAAUAAGUGAGUAGUAAAUCAACAACAAUACAAUAAUGUUUCAAUCAUAUACACAAAAAAAUCUGGAAAAUGUUGUCGAUGCAACAACAUAAUUGAAAUAUUUAAAUUGUUUAAUAUAAAACAUGUACUACGGAUAUAUUUAUACAUAUUUAUUACUACAUGAUAUACAAGCCAAAAUGUAUACUUCAUGAAAGCGUAAGAACUAGCAAAAAAACUGAAUAAAUAAGCGAGUG